AUGGCCAAGGCAUUGCGUUUUAUACAGGCGCUUGACCCCGUCGACCGCAAGGCAGUGGCAUCAAUGCUGCGAGUGGAUCAUUCCGGAGAGGUCGCAGCAAACACCAUCUAUGAGGCACAGGCUGAUGUUUUUGGAUACCGAGGUCAAAUCUCAGUGAAAAAUCUUGUUUCGGACAUGUGGGAGAACGAGAAGAAGCACUUACACGCUGCCGCAACGAUGCUGGAUGACUAUCGCACUCGUCCCUCUGCCCUUGUUCCCGUAUGGGCGCUUGCUGGACGCAUACUUGGUGGAUUUACGGCAUAUCUGGGUGAGAAAAGUGCUAUGGCGUGUACGGAGGCCGUCGAAACGGCUAUUGGAGAACAUUAUGACGAGUACGUUAUUGUGUCUGACUCUAGUCAACUGCAGCACCUUUCCGACAUCCGCGAAAAGCUUUCAAAGACUUAUACAGGUGAUAAAAUGCAGGAAUUAGAUGAGUCGCUGGCUCUUCUUCGCAGUGUGUUGGUCGAGUUCCGUGACGAUGAACUAGAGCAUCUGGACACGGCUGUGGACCACGAUUCUCAGCAGGCACCCGCGCAUGCACUACUUUCUGCCGUGGUAGAAUAUGGCUGCAAAGGGGCGAUUGAAAUUGCAAAGCGGAUUUAA